CAUAGCUAGCUAAUAAGGCUAUCGUAUGUGUAUAGUGAGUAUAGCAUCGUCCAUUGUUCAUUCACUCAGCCAGUGCUAACGCAGACUGUUAACAUCACGCUAAACCUGUACUAUUUCUCUGCUGAACUGUAUGAGAACAGUUAGAUCUAUGUAUGUAACUACCUUACAGAUAAAAUGUUGAUAGUAUUUAUUUAUCUAUUCAGUUAAUCACCUAACUAGACUUGUACACGGUCAUUGCUCAGCUGUUGAGCCUGUGUAUCACUGCAUCAAUACUACUCACCCUAGCUCUCAGUUUCAAAGAUCAACUGCAAAACAGCUGCAGAGGUAGAAGCAGAGCACAGAAGAGACUAUAAAGCAGCUGAACCUCUGCUGACACUGUGUGUGGAGGAUGUCUUCAUCAAUAUACUACAACCAAGACAGUGUUACUCGCUUCAAGAAAAGAAAAGCUCGUUUCUCUUUCAGUGAAGUCCACAUACUGUUGGAUGAAGUGAGGAAGCAUCGUAUGGUUGUUGUGGGCAAAUUCAAUCGUGGUGUGCCAACAGACAUGAAGAAGCGGACAUGGGCAGAGAUUACCGCACGUGUCAAUGAGAUUGGGGAGUGCCAACGCGAGGUCAUCGAGGUCAUCAAGAAAUGGUCUGACCUUAAGUGCGAUACCAAGCGGAAAGUGGCUGCCAUGCGGUCAGGGACAGUCCCCAAUAGGGGCCUCAAUUCACGUCUCUCCCGAGACCUUAAUCAGACAGAGAAAAUAGUUCUUCAGAUCCUGGAGAUGGAUGAGGAAGACCAGAGCAUAGGUGACUUUGGCCCACUGGGAGAUGACGAUGAUGUGCCAGAGGAGGAAGAAGAAAUGGAAGAGGAGGAUAUGAUUGGAAUGCAGAGUUCUCCGAAUGGCGGGUUGGACAUGACAGCUAUGCCCCCACCAACCUCUUACACCAUGAGUGGACUUGCACAGUCAGGGGACUCAUCGCAACCUGCCUUUGAUGUGCAGUAUGAAGUACCUGCGACAGAAGAUACUGAAACUGCAUUUGGAGACUCAGACGAAGACCAAAGGGAUGACGUGCUCCCUUCCACUCAAGCUGCAAAACCAACAGAGGAUCAUCAAGGAAACAACGGCAUCCAAAAACAAGGACCACCUCAGAUGUCCUCUGGACCUUCAACGUCAACAUCCACGCCUUUGAUGCCCGGUCAGCCCUCACAGAACACGAGGGACAGCAUGUUACAUAAUGCAUCACUGAGCCUUCAAGAGCAGCAUGCCACCAACAUCCUGCUGGAGACGGUUUCACGCUCCCUGGAGCUGCUGUCCGAGUCGGUGCAGCAGCUGGCAGAGACUCAACAGGAGUUUGUUCGGGAGUCGCUGCAGCUCCAGCGGGAGACAGUGCAGGUUCUCAGAGACUUCACAGGUGGAGCCAUUGCACUCAUGCAUGACAAACUGAAUGGACGGCCAGCAUUAUAGCAACAAAACAUCAGAGUUGUUAAGUUGUAUCACUGACUUCAUACACAGCCUUCAGGUGCAGGAGCAUUUAUGUUCCUUUGGACUCCACUGCUGGUUACUGUACUUUUUCAUAGUACUCAAAAGAUUUUCUGUGGCUAUAUUUUAAAACUGUAUUCGUAUUGAUGGAAUUACUGUCUGCGUGGUUACAUGAAAGGGGAUUGAGAAAAUAACCAAUGUUAGCCAUAAAGAAAGUAAAUGUGGAGGGUGUUUUUUUUGCUACUGAACGUGAGAUUCCUACCACUUGCAUUGUAGAGCAUUUUUUAUUGAGCAUACACCACUUUGAAAGCCUUUACAUUCUUUUAAUGUUGAAAUGCAAAGAAUGAGUCUUUAAUUUUGAAAAGUCAGUCAAAUCCAUUUGUGUGUCCUUGUAUAAGUUGUAGCUUUCUCUUGCAUCAGUGUCUAGAGGUUAUCAAAUGUACUGUAAUGGUAAGUGGAUUUCUGCACCUGACCAUUAUAUGGUCCAUAUGUCUGAAAGCUGGUGUUUUACAUAAUUUGAAAAUACCUGUAACUGAAUAAUUUGUGAUUGUCUGAUUUAGUUCUUUUUUACAUUGCAAACAACACUUGAAUAUGAAAGUUUCAGUAAUUUCUUUUAAAACAUGAAAUAAACCCCUCAUGUAUUUAAAUGGAACAAAAGUCAUCUUCCAAGCUAUGAGUCUGAAAAGAGCUACAGUGGACAUAAUUCAGAUAUCCACCAGGGAGGCCACGGUGUGGACAUUUUCCCACUGGGUAAUAAACUUGUGACAACACCGGUGUUACCAAUUACAUUAGACAUUUCACAAGAAAAGAUGUGUCGGCUCAUUAGAAGUGUUUCCUCCAGGUGCUGCCACCUUCAUCAGACAAAGUUUGCAGAUUGCCUCAUUAAUGGUAUCAGGUUCCUUUUUGAUUUUGGGUUCUUUGAUAUCGCCAAAUAGGUGUUUUUGCUUUUCGCUUUGACACAGAAUACUCCACCCCUGUCUUGUUAGUCAUCUCCCCUCUCAUCACGUAAUAAGACUCUGCUACUCUAUGAUGUGCAUCUGCUCUGCUGCCACGCAGAGAAGAAACAUUUUUUGUAAUAGUAGCACCCAACUAAGUGUUGAUUACAAGUAUUUUAUAAAAUAGAGUUUUUUAAUAUAUGACGUGAAAAUGAACCGAAUGGGUUUUAUGUCUAAAAAAAUGAAAAAAGUGGGGCUAAUGGAAAAGUUAUGUAAUCGUAUGCCUGAACGCAGUGUAACACCGCUAGCACCAAGCACCGUGGUAACUCUAAUAUCCACUUAUUAGAAAGUGCAAAUCCACCUGGAUUCCGGGGCUCUGUUUUAUAAAUAUAUCUUGACAUCUUUAGACUGGUUCUAUUACAAAUGCCCUUAUAUUGUUGAUUUCAAAUAAUCAGAUUUCACUGAAGAUAGGUUAGUGGUAUCAAAUCAUAAGUUUGAAAACAUGAACUGUUUCAUAGACUGAUUGUCCUAAUAUCUAGAGAAACGUGUUAAAGAUUAACAUUAAAUACAAAUUACAGAUAGACCUUAAAAGGAUAAAGCUGAUCCCAUUCAGUGUUUUCACAUUGUCAUCAAAAGACCAAAACCAAACUAUGCCAAAGUAUUGUCUGUGUCCUGUAUUCUCUGUGAUGUAGAGUCCUAU